AAAUCAGACGUAUUGAAAGAGAAGCAGCUGAAGUUCCAGUAGCAGCAGAAGCUUCAUCCAGUCCACCUGUUCUCCUCCUCUCCUCUCACAAUGACGGUCAUGCUGAAGUCGUGGACGGUCGUCGCCGCCCUGCUGCUGUGUGUACUCCUAUACCUCGGCACCAUCGUGGAUGCGUAUCCCCCAAAACCAGAAAACCCAGGAGACGAUGCGCCCCCUGAAGAGCUGGCCAAGUACUACACCGCCCUGAGACACUACAUCAACCUCAUCACGAGACAAAGGUAUGGGAAAAGGUCCACUCCAGAGGGAGUGAUGGCAGACCUGCUAUUUGGAGAAAGCAAUGAGCACAACCAGCGGUCAAGAUAUGAUGACUCGUUCACAUGGUGAUGGUCAGCCCUUUCCACUCUGCUCUCCUGUGCCUCCACAGAAACCCUGCAGAAAACCCACAUUUCAGCCGAAAGUCUCUCCAGCUGUCUCUCCACCUGUCUCUCCAGCUGUUCCUCAUCCACACUGAGAUCCUCCACUGUCUCUAACUCAAACUGUACAUAAUUUAUUACUACACUUGGAAUAUUUGUGAGAAUAUGUGUGUGUGUGUGUGUGCUUCACUGUGUCUUACAGAGGAUAUAUUCUUUUUGUUUGUACAUAUUUAUGACUGUGAUUAAAGAUGUUACCUGAUGACGUGCCAUCUGAACUGCUGUGACUGCCAAAACAUCAGCCUCAGAUUAAAUGAACAGUUCUGCAAAAA